GGUCUGGCAUCUCUGGCAAAGUCAUUACUAACAAAAAGGGUUCUGUUUUAGCUGCGUGUAUACCAGCGGCAUGUUUUGCAAAUGUGACUUUAUAAUAAUCCUUUUGUACUUUCUGUUAGAUAGAAAAACAUUGAAAAUCUACAGCCACAAAUGAAAAAAGUGUCACCCGAGCUGCGUCCCUUCACCAGUUGUAUCGUUAAUAGUAAACGAGAACAACGACUGGAGCGAAAGAAACGCAAAAUUCUUGCCUUGGCAGAGGUAAUGCAACUUACCGAAAGUGACACUGGAGCAUUGCCUUCUGAAGCAGUCGAUAGUAGCGAAUCAGUUGAGGCCGAAACUGUAGCGAAGAAACAAAAGCUUACGGACGCGGAUUAUCGAACGUUGAAAGCGGAGGUUAACAAAAAACGAGAUAAAAUGAGACACGUGCCGAAGUUGCGUCUGAAGGAAGUAGGUGAAGAAGCCCUUGUUAAGACUGCCCCAGAGGAUCGGGUUCCCUUGUUGUUGGAUGAUAUUCAGGGGUUGCUGAUGCAUGCCCUGUUACGUACCGAUUCGCCGAUGAGCCCGAAUCGCUGGGCCGUUAUGGAAAAAGCUGCCAAAUUGACACAUACCACUGUUCUUCUGGUAGAGGGUCUAACAUUUGAUGAUUUUGUCGAAUAUGAAGCAAAUUUCAAGGAAUGCAAAAAGAUAUUCCAUAACACACUGCAGAUCGUAGUUCCUAGCUAUCGACUUGUUGAGGAAUUAGCCUGCGUGCCGCUCAGUGAUAGCUUGAAAGAUAUACUGGUAGCUGAACAUGGCUCUCUAGAGGCAGCAAUGUUGGCCUGUAAAGAUCAUCUAUUGAUUAGGAAGAGCAUAUUCAAUAAUAUCGAAUCAGCAAACGAAGGUGUGAAAGGGGAGGAACAAGAUUACAGUGACAUAGAUUUACCGCCAGGAGACAAGUUCCCUCGUACGCAAUUACUUCUGUCGCCGAUACAGAUGAUCAACGAAGAUUAUCCGCUACCUUUGACCGGAAAUCUGCAGCAUCGUUACGCUGGGUACAUAACCACUAACGACCGGUAUGCUCCGGUUACACCAAAGUCCCCGAUGUUUGCACUGGACUGUGAAAUGUGCAAAACAAGCAUUGGCGCUUCCGAGUUAACACGUGUGUCAAUCGUUGACGAGCAGGGCGUCGAGUUUUACGAGACACUUGUACGUCCCAGCAACAAAAUCGUAGAUUAUUUGACCCAGUUUUCGGGAAUCACCCCGGAUAUCAUGAAGAAUGUAUCCAAAACCUUGAAGGACGUCCACAAGGAUUUACGCAACAAACUGCCACCGGAUGCGAUAUUGAUUGGUCAAUCGUUGAAUUUCGAUCUGAACGCAAUGAAGGUGAUGCAUCCGUAUGUUAUCGACACAAGUAUUCUAUACAACGUGACCGGCACACCGGGUACAAAAUCGAAACUGAAGAUCCUGACGAAAAAGUUUCUUCAUCGAGAGAUCCAGAGUUCUUCUACAGGCCACAAUUCGGUAGAGGAUUGUUCGGCCUCCCUGGAACUGGUCAAAUUGAAGCUCUCGAAAAACAUUUACUUCGGUGAUCAAUGGUUACAGGACCGACGAAAUUAUCAUAAAAAGGCUAGUCGGAUUGGUAUUGCUACAAAGGAGGAAGUCCGGAGCAUGGAAGUGGAUGCUAACGCAACCGAUAUCACGGCGACACUGUUUGGACACGCUCGCAAGAAGAACAAAAAAUCCACUAUAAUUACGAAUGCUAACAAUUUGUACAACUUUGAGAGCUAUUUUGGAGAGGCCAUCAAAGCAAAUGAUGACGUAAAAAAAUUAUUAGAUUUUGAAAAACUGUCCACUUGCGAAGCUGUUGUGGAAAAGACGGCCGAAAAGUGCUUGAACUAUGAUUUCAACCUUAGUUGUAUUCAACUUGGUCAGGAUGAUUUAGCGAGCGAUGAUGCAAAACGUUCCAAGAUAGAGCAAAUUGACGGCUGGAUUAGGCAACUUUUUACAGCGAUGUCCAUUAACGGGCUGCUAGUAGUAAUCUUGGCCGGUGGUGAAGUGAAUCAAAACAGUCGAAUGGGCGUUGCAAUGAUUCAGACAAAAAAGGGUUGAAUUAUUGCAAAGCUGAAAAUUAUGUUUAUCUAUUUUGUUGGAUAAAAUCUAGAAAUAAAAUAUAUUUGUUAAUCGAA